UUUCAUUUCAACUACUUCCGUUCAAAGUGAAAGUUAAAAUGACCCAUGCUCCUCCACAGUGACACUUUCACUCAGACAGUGUAGAUAUCUAACUUUACAACAAAAGGAAAAAAGAAAUGGUGAUGGUCAAUGAGAACAAUAAACAUUCUAGAUAAGUUUUUAUUAUUGUCAAGUAUGUGACGAAGAAUUGAUGUUGCAUCAGGCUUUUAUUUGACUUUCAUAGUGAAAUUGACAUAUUUUGAUCUUGAAUUUCAGUUUUAGAUUUUUUAUCAUCAUUCAAAGAUAAAAUAUAAAAGAUGGAUAAAUUUGGCGAUACAGUUAGAACUACUGCUCAGGAGUUUGAUGAGAAAUUAACCCCAAUCAAAACUUCACUGGCAAGUUUUCUGAAAUCUGGAAUUUCAAAGUUGAACUCAGUUAUAAGGUUUGAACAGGUUGCAAACCAGACAGAUGGAGCUGUGCAAACAGCUGUGAAUACCACAUCAGAAGUUUCAGUACCUGAUGAUCCUGCAGUACGAAUGAUGAUUGGUAAACUUCUUUCAACAGGUUUAAGUUUAGUAGUGUCUAUUGGUCUUUCAUAUUUUCUUGUCAAACUUCUGACUAAUGCACUGGAUCCUACAAGGAAAGAGAAGUCUGCAGCACACCAAAAGGCUGCUAUGAUGUUACAAAGGCUAGGAGUCACUGAUGUUAAGCUUUCAGAUUAUGAGUUAUGCAUCGCUGUGAAUCUUGUUGACCCUGUAUCCAUGGGGAUCACAUGGGAUGAUAUUGGAGGUCUUAAAGAUGUCAUCGAACAAAUCAAAGAAACUGUCAUCUUUCCAUUCAGGAGAAGAGAACUCUUUCUUCAUUCCAAACUUCUUCAACCGCCAAAAGGAAUGUUGUUGUAUGGACCUCCAGGCUGCGGAAAAACUAUGAUCGCCAAGGCAACAGCAAAAGCAGCAGGGUGUAGAUUUAUCAACCUUCAGAUUUCUUCAUUAGUAGACAAAUGGUACGGAGAAUCUCAGAAACGUGCUGAGGCUGUGUUUUCACUGGCAGUGAAGCUACAACCAGCCAUUAUAUUUGUAGAUGAAAUAGAUUCUUUCCUGAGAUCAAGAUCUUCCACUGAUCAUGAGGCUACAGCUAUGAUUAAAACUCAGUUUAUGAGUUUAUGGGAUGGUAUUAUAACGGACCCCAAUUGUCAGAUAAUGAUAGUUGGGGCCACAAACAGACCCCAGGAUGUUGAUGCUGCUAUACUCAGGAGAAUGCCUUGUCAGUUUAAGAUUGGAAAACCUGUAAAAGAGCAGAGAAAACAUAUCAUGAACAUUAUUCUAGAAGAGGAACAGGUAGCUGAUAUAGACUUGAACAAGUUAGGUGACUUAACAGAUGGUUUUUCCGGUAGUGAUUUGAAGGAAGGAUGUAGACAAGCAGCAUUAUACAGAGUACAUGAAGUAUUAGAGGCUCAUAGAAACUUACAUGGAGUUGAUGCUUUUGAGAUUCCAACAGCAGAUUUGCGAGAUAUGAACAUGAGUGACCUUGAAUACGGAAUAAACCAAGUAAAGGAUUCCAAGGAAUUAAUGGCUGGAAGUUUAUCUUACCCAUUACUAGACUGAUUCACAAUUAAUUAACCAAUGAAAGUUGUA